UGAAUCUCCAAGACAUGAGCUUCCCAGCGGGCUCAGGCAUCUCCCGCCCCCGGGCCAGCCCCUGGCUGCCGCUCCUGCAGCUGCUGCUGCUGACCGCUGCACUCGCCACUGCCAGCGCCAGAGAAGAGGCCGACCCUGAAGGAGGAGUUGGGGACCCGCAAUGCCUGUGCAUGAAGACCACCUCCCGGGUCCACUUCAAGCACAUUACCAGCCUGGAGGUGAUCAAGGCCGGACCCCACUGUCCCACUGCCCAAGUGAUAGCCACUCUGAAGAAGGGAGGAAAAGUUUGCCUGGAGCAGCAAGCCUCCCUGUAUAAGAAAAUACUUAAGAAACUUUUGGAGAUCUAG